AUGAUCGCCGAGAAACGGAACGUGUUUUAUUUCCUUCGAUUUCUGUAUUUCAUCUAUCUAUCUAUCUAUCUAUCUAUCUAUCUAUCUAUCUAUCUAUCUAUUAUUUUAUUUCCUUUGUUUUCUGUAUUUCAUCUAUCUAUCUAUCUAUCUAUCUAUCUAUCUAUCUAUCUAUCUAUCUAUCUAUUAUUUUAUUUCCUUUGUUUUCUGUAUUUCAUCUAUCUAUCUAUCUAUCUAUCUAUCUAUUAUUUUAUCUUUGUUUUUCUGUAUUUAUCUAUCUAUCUAUCUAUCUAUCUAUCUAUCUAUGUUAUUCUUUUCAUAUCUAGCUAUCUCUGUCUGUCUAUCUAUCUAUCUAUCUAUCUAUCUAUCUAUUAUUUUAUUUCCUUUGUUUUCUGUAUUUCAUCUAUCUAUCUAUCUAUCUAUCUAUCUAUCUAUCUAUCUAUCUAUUAUUUUAUUUCCUUUGUUUUCUGUAUUUCAUCUAUCUAUCUAUCUAUCUAUCUAUCUAUCUAUCUAUCUAUGUUAUUCUUUUCAUAUCUAGCUAUCUCUGUCUGUCUAUCUAUCUAUCUAUCUAUCUAUCUAUUAUUUUAUUUCCUUUGUUUUCUGUAUUUCAUCUAUCUAUCUAUUCAUCUAUCUAUCUAUCUAUCUAUCUAUCUAUCUAUUAUUUUAUUUCCUUUGUUUUCUGUAUUUCAUCUAUCUAUCUAUCUAUCUAUAUUAUUUUUUUUAUAUUAUCUAUCUGUAUGA